AUGGCGUCCAUAAACCUCGUUUAUACGCAGCUCAGCGCACAACAAGCCUUGCUCCAAGCACAGGCUAACCAAUCAGCAUUCGUAACUCCACAACCAAGGUCCCUGAGUACACACACGGCUCAGCAGACAAACGCGUGGAACUUACGUCCAGAAAGAGGACCAGUGCAAAACGUAAGAAGACCUAGCGUAUACGACACGCGCGAUACUUAUGCUGAGACAGAGAGCAACUUCGUUCAAAACUCCAAUCUACAACGAAGGCCGAUCCAAACCCGUUUGGGCGCGCGCAACAUGAAUACGGAAUGGGAAGAGGAGGAAGACGACCCAACUUACAAGGAAGAAUCCACAGUGUUUAGCAGACUUCCUCCGGAGCACGAAGCAUACAAACCAACCAAGCGCGCAGGGUAUAACCCCAAAGCAGAGCAUGAUUACACCUUGAGCUAUCGUCCUGAGGACAUGGCUGAAAAUUCAAAAUUCAUUCGAGAAAUCGCGUGCGCGGCCAUUGACAAAACGAAAUUACCACACAACGUGGGUAAAUACAACGGGUUGAUGGACCCAGACGAUCACCUCCAGGUGUUUAAAGGCGCAGGAGCAACAGGCGGGUGGAACUUACCAACAUGGUGCCACCUGUUUGCUCAGACAUUCGUCGGCGCGGCGCGCAUUUGGUUUGACAACUUACCGGCUGGCAAAAUCAAAUCAUGGGUCGAUUUCCGAGAGAAGUUCCUAGCACACUUCUCUCAGCAGCGAAUGCAAGCCAGAGAUCCGGGUGAUUGUUUGAACAUAUGGAGAAAAGACUAUGAAAGCGUAGAAGAUUUCAUUACAAGGUAUAACAAAGAAUGUUUAGAGAUCGGAGACAUACCAGAAAAGAUGGUGUGCGCACACUUCAUGCGAGCAGUCAAGUGCGACGAUCUGGUUAAAAGAAUCAAAGGGCGAGAUGGAGGACCCAAAGACUGGGAAACCUUCAUCGAAGCAGCCAAGACUAUCGCGCAGACAGACAGGCAACUGACCGGUGACGAUCACCGUCAGCGCGCGCACAACCAUAACGAUCGAAACAGCAGAAGGGGUAGAAAUCAACCCUGGAGGGCUUCUGGGCACAGAGAAAGAAGCCCCUACGGGACGAUGCACGCCAUACGAUCAACCAGAUAG